AAAAAAAGAAAAUAAUCUCCUUUGACGUCAGUCACGUUAGAUUUCAGUAGUCCAAGAUGGCGGAGGUGAGCGGGUUGAGGAGCAGAAAUCACUUCGAGCCCAACUGCAAAAGCCGAGUCACCGACGAAGGCUUGAGUGCUGUGCAAGAUGUCCCCAUUUUUCGGCAUAAGCAGAAGUCUCCUUUAGCCAGGCCCGAACACCUGGAGGAUGAAUUGCUCCCCAGGACCACCGCCUCAAACCUCGCCCCCUCAUCAGACAAGCUUCUGGAAAGAGAGGCUGUGGAAGAGGAGAAGGAGGAGGAGAAGGAGAAGGUGGUGAAGGCCAAGCCCAUCCAGAUCGUCUUGGCCAAUGAGGACGAGCACAGCUUUGAGCUGGACGCUGCGGCGCUGGAGAAGAUCCUGCUACAGGAUCACGUGAAGGACCUGAAUGUGGUGGUGGUGUCCGUGGCCGGGGCCUUCCGCAAGGGCAAGUCCUUCCUGCUGGACUUCAUGCUGCGCUACAUGCUCAGUCAGGGCAAGUCAUGGAUGGGAGGCGACGAUGAGCCCCUCACAGGGUUCACCUGGAGAGGAGGCUGCGAGAGGGAAACCACAGGAAUUCAGAUCUGGAGCGAAGUCUUUGUGGUCGACAAGCCGGAUGGCACCAAGGUUGCUGUGCUCCUCGUUGACACUCAGGGGGCGUUUGACAGUCAGUCCACCAUAAAGGACUGUGCUACCGUGUUCGCCCUCAGCACAAUGACCAGCUCUGUACAGGUGUACAACCUCUCCCAGAACAUUCAGGAAGACGACCUGCAGCAUCUGCAGCUGUUCACAGAAUAUGGCCGUCUGGCAAUGGAAGAGAUCUACCUAAAACCUUUCCAGUCCCUGAUGUUUCUGAUUCGGGACUGGUGUUAUCCUUAUGAACACAACUACGGACUGGAAGGAGGCAACAACUUCCUGAAUAAGAGACUACAAGUGAAACAGAAUCAACACGAAGAGCUGCAGAAUGUGAGGAAGCACAUCCACUCCUGCUUCUCCAACAUCGGCUGCUUCCUGCUGCCACAUCCGGGCCUCAAGGUGGCCACCAACCCGAACUUUGACGGCAGGCUGAAGGACAUCGAUGGUGAUUUUAAGACUGCGCUGGCUAAGCUGGUGCCUCUCCUCCUGGCCCCAGACCGACUGGUGGAAAAGGAGAUCGGAGGCAACAAAGUCACCUGCAGAGAUCUCCUGGAGUACUUCAAGGCUUACAUAAAGAUCUACCAGGGGGAGGAACUGCCUCACCCAAAGUCCAUGCUGCAGGCGACAGCAGAAGCCAAUAACUUGACAGCUGUGGCAGGAGCCAAAGACAUGUACGGCAAGAACAUGGAGCUGGUCUGCGGCGGGGACAAGCCGUACAUCGCCCCGGCCGAUCUGGAGCGUUGCCACGAGGAGUUUCGCCAGCACUCUGUGCGUUUCUUCCGCUCCGUGAAGAAAAUGGGCGGGGACGAGUUCUGCCAGCGCUACCAGAGCCAGCUGGAGUCCGAGCUGGACGAGGCCUACUCCAACUUCUCCAAGCACAACGACGGCAAAAACAUCUUCUACACGGCGCGCACACCCGCCACGCUCUUCGCUGUCAUGUUCUUCACCUACGUGGUGUCCGGGCUGACGGGCUUCGUCGGUCUGAGCACCUUGGCGUCGCUGGCUAACCUGGUCAUGGGCGCGGCGUUGCUGUCGCUCUGCGCCUGGGCGUAUGUCAAGUACUCUGGAGAGUUUCGGGAGGUGGGGACGAUGAUAGAUCUGGUGGCCGAGACGCUCUGGGAACAGGUUUUGAAGCCACUAAGUGAACAUUAUAUGGAAGACAACAUCAGACAGACGGUGGUUAACUCCAUCAAAGCCAGCUUGACAGAACCGGGCUCGCAGCACACCAAGUUAAAGACUCACUGACGCUCUUCCUCCUCAUCUUCCUCCGUCAUCUUCAUCGUCCUCCUGCCCUCUCGCUCAAUGUGUUCAACCCUAGAACUGUGGAACUAGUUCAACACCAAAGCUGGCCCCCCUUACCCCUCCCUCACCCCUCCCAAACAUCCAUAUCGUCUCCACAUGGCUGCCCCGUCUUCAUUUGCUGUUGACCCACCCUGCUCUUCAUCGCCCCCCAGUGCCUCAGAGCAGAAAGUGCACGUUCACGAGAGGACGGAGGAGAGAAGCUGGUGGCGUCGCCAAAACCGGACCUGAAGGACCGCCAUCUUCUGCAGUGUGCCAUGCUGUGAUAGAUGUGUCUUUUGUUGUAGGCUGACACACACACACACACACACGCAUACGCAUAUGCAUAUAUGCUGGUAGCGGACUGCACUCGCUUCAGGAUUGAGCUGCAAUUCAGGGAAAACUGAUGCCGCUGUGGGCAGCUGUUAUCAAUAAUGGACGCAAACUGAAACACCUUUCUGUGCAUUUAAAUGUUUUGUCUGACAAGUCAGAGCUCAGUUUACUUUCUCUUCGGCCUGUUUAUUAACCUACAAGCACACAAGUGACCAGUCGACUAAUAGUGAGGUCAUUGUCGGGUCUUUUUUUUGUUAUAUUCAGGAAAUGGAUUUUAUUGAUUCUGAACUGAAAGUAAAUUGACAAUCCUGUCAUGGACGAGCUGGAGAGGAUUUUUUUUUUUUUAUAUAUAUAUUUUUUUAUAAUAGAACUGUCUGUCCUGGUAAAUCUGUCUUCUACAAAUCUUAGCUGUAUAGAAUUAGUCUUCUUCUCCUGACACGCUACUAGAUCACCUGCCUGUCUCCAUUCACUCACUCAGUGUCUCAUCAUGUUUGGAAGGUGCGUGAACCAGGUAACACAAUGCCCCUCAGGGCUCAGGUUGCUUCUAGACGUCUGUACGUCUUCCCCCUUUAAUAUUUAGUGAUUGUGAUCCUGAAGAGAACUGUAGGAAGCCUCGAGCCUCUCGGAUGAUCUUUUUGAAGUGUUUUUAAAUUAACUCGUGUUUUAUCUGGCCUUCAGUGUCUGCGUGGUGUUAAGAGCUACUGUGUUGUAGAGUUAAACUAGCCAACAGCUUUUAGAGCCACGGUGUCGCUGGUUGGGUGUCCAGGGAGGCCGUUUUAUCUUCCGCCGCCUUGUUUUUAAAGCUGCUCUAGACCCUCAGUUUUAAGACCUUGAUUGUUGCUUUUGGGAGCUUUAUUUAGUUGGAGAGAGAGAUGACGGUUUAGCUCAAACUCCCAUUACAUCUUUGAAAGGUUGAGUUUAAAAUUUGGCAAAAUACGCUCAUUUGCUUUCUUGUGCGAGUUAAAUUUAUUCCACAUAUCUGUAGGAUUAAUAUACAGCCGGCCGAGUGAAAGUUAAAAGCAGAGACCAGCACUUAUUUUUUUUUUAAAAGCUCAACUAACAUGGCUGACCUUGUUUGUUAAAUCUGUACAUAAACCAAAGCGCAAAAACAAAAAUAUUCAAACAAAUGUGCUACUUGGUGAGCUUUAAAGGUUCUUUUUUUUGUUUUUAGAAUACAGGUUUUCCCUUUUCCCAGCUUCAUAUUUAACGGUCGGAUACGAAGGCAGGAUAAAUCUAACUCUGCAACAAAGUGAAAAGUCGUAUCUCCCAAAAAUGUUGAGUUAUUUCCCUCUCGAGUUUGUUACUAGACUUUCUUUUUUUCUUUUUUUCUCACUUUGUUCAACAGCUUCUCGUCUGUUUGAGCUUUUCCUUCGUUGAUUCCAUCCACGUCAUUUCUCACAUUGUACAGUCUCUUCUUCUGUGGUCGCAUAAAUCAAAUCGGGCAUGUUGUUGGAUUAAAUAUUUAAAUAAACUUUGUAUACAUUUUAUAGUGAAUCGGUCUGGCUUGUUUAAGAAUAAGUUGCUGCUGUGGGGUUUACACUAGUUUAUAUCCUCUUCACGAGGAUGGAUGUUAAUAGAAACACGUGGUGUGAAUAUUUGAAUUCCGAUAGGAAAAUCUUUUGAUUGUGACGAGCGGGUCGGAGACGAUGUCUAGUCUGCCUUUUUAAAAGAUAUCAUGGCCGGUAAUUUAUUUUUGAAUAAAAAUGUUUACCUUAAGAAUAAAUCCUCAAUUCAAGUC